AUGGCCGUCUCCAGCCCCUCCCCAGACCUAAAGUCUUCUCCACUUAAAGAACCUCACAUCUCCCACCAACCAGUCACCCUACAAAACUGGUACAAAAAGAUAAACUGGCUCAACACCACGCUCGUCGUUUUCAUUCCCCUCUACGGCCUCUACCUUACCAGAUCCACAGCCCUCAUUCGGCCCACCCUCAUAUGGAGUAUACUCUACUACUUCAUGACCGCCUUCGGCAUAACCGGAGGUUACCACCGCCUGUGGUCGCAUAGAUGUUUUUCUGCUCACCUACCACUUCGAAUCUUUCUUGCGUUCACAGGCGCUGGCGCAAUUCAAGGCAGCGUACGCUGGUGGAGCGCAAACCACCGCGCACAUCAUCGCUGGACCGAUACGAUGAAAGAUCCCUAUAGUGUGAUGCGCGGCCUCAUGUUCUCCCACAUCGGCUGGAUGGUGCUCAACAACGACCCCAAAGUCAAAGGCCGCACUGACGUGUCCGAUCUCGACAGCGAUCCCGUCGUCGUUUUCCAGCACAAACACUACGGUAAAUGCCUGUUGUUCACAGCUUGGGUAUUUCCUAUGCUGGUUGCUGGCCUCGGAUGGGGAGAUUGGUGGGGCGGCCUUGUGUAUGCGGGGAUCAUAAGGGCUUGUUUCGUCCAACAGGCUACGUUUUGUGUGAACUCUUUGGCGCAUUGGAUUGGCGAGCAGCCGUUUGAUGAUCGGAGGAGUCCGCGAGAUCAUGUGCUGACCGCGCUUGUGACCAUGGGAGAAGGCUAUCAUAACUUCCACCACGAGUUUCCCAGCGAUUACCGCAACGCGAUCAUCUGGUACCAAUACGACCCAACAAAGUGGUUGAUCUGGCUCUUCUCAAAGAUCCCAUUCUUCCCGCAGGCCUACAAUCUCAAGACCUUCCGAUCAAACGAGAUAGAAAAGGGUCGUCUCCAACAACAACAGAAAGCUAUCGACCGCAAAAGAGUAGGGUUGGACUGGGGUGUUCCGCUCUCUCAGCUGCCGGUUAUCGACUGGGACGACUUCCGCGCCCAGGCUAAUGCAAAUGGAGCUGCACUUGUCGCCGUCGCUGGCGUCAUCCACGAUGUGUCUGCAUUUGUGGCAGAGCAUCCUGGUGGGAAGACGUUGAUUAAGAGUGCAAUUGGCAAAGACGCCACUGCGCUUUUCAAUGGCGGUGUGUAUGAGCAUUCGAACGCCGCCCACAACCUUUUAUCUACGAUGCGUGUAGGGAUAUUGCGGGGAGGACAAGAAGUUGAGGUCUGGAAGAGCGAUGCGAGUCGUCUGGGCGCAAAAGAUAGCAAAGGGCACAUGGUGGUGGGGGCUGGUGAACAGAUUACUAGGAUUGGUGCGCCUGUUUCGGCGGCUGUUGCCGCGUAG